GUUGUCGAGAGUUUUUUUUUUUUUUAUAUACACGACGGUGGAUUGUGUGAACUCUCCAUCCUUAUUGAAAAGCAGCAGGAUCAGAAUUACAUGGUGUAGUAAGCAGUAACUCUGAAGCGGACCUGCCCGUGAUCGUUGUGUUCUGAAGACUGGGACAGCUUUAUUUUGUCUGUGAGCCACAAUGAGUUCCCUGUCAGCAGAUAGAAAGCCCCCAGUGGACUAUGGUGUCCAGAUCCGCUUCAUCAAAGACCUGGAUGAUGUGUGUGGAGGCUAUACAGAGAGGAGUCGGGGUGUUGGAGGAGCAGGAGCUGCUGGUGGCAGUGGAACUCCCCCAUCUUCUAAGUAUGGGGUUGCAGUGAGGGUUCAGGGCAUUUCUGGACAGCCCUAUGUGGUGCUGAAGGAUGGAGAGAAGGGUGACUCGUAUGGAGUACAACUGAAGCCUCAGCCAAAGACCCCAAUUCUUGGACUUUCCUCCUCAUAUAACAGCCUGCCUCCAAGACCACGUGAUAGUGCUCAGACUCCUAAAGACCCAUGCAGCUCACUUGGGUCACCAAGUUCACCAGAGGAAGAGACUGUCGAAUUUGGGAGCCCUUUGAAGAGGCCGCCUGGUGAUGGGCAAGCAGGAAGUCAAGGAGAUGGAGAAAGAGGGACUACAGAAAAUCCUGCAUCUGUUCCUUCAUCCAGAGACCCUGAGAAGAAAGACCUUGGAGAUCUGAAUGAAGCUGGUCUAAGGCCAGUGUGGCAGACUGGAAUUGGUGGAACUGUGAAUGGGAAAGGGAAAAGAGGGAAUCAGUAUACCUCUACAGAGCCAUUCCCUGAAGCUUCAGAACCUGAGGAAGAGCCAGUUGAAGCCAUCGACACAAAAUCUUUGGCACCCAUUAAUAAACUUAUCAGUAAAUUUAACAGCACUGGCACCUCCACCAUGCCCAGCCGCAUCAGGGGUCGCUCUCGAGCUCGAGCAUGUCUGCAGUUUGAAGAGCGAAAACGUUCUCACAGCUUGGAUGCCCGAAAGGAACAGGAAGAAGAGCCUCCUCCCUCACCAACCGUAAACCCCUACGGUCCUACAGUAAACACCACCUUAAGCUCUAGUCUUACCUCACCCAAACGUACAAACUACAGCAGUCUUGGACAGAGCUCUCCUUCCAUAGCAAAGGUGCCUGCUGUUCCUGCCUCAAAGGCACCUACCGUUAAUCAAACUCCAAAGAUGUUUGUUGCCAAGGAAGUGCCGCCUGAUGUAUCAAAGAAACAGGUGACUCCCGAUCUCCUGAGUGGCCAGAGUCAAAGUACAGAUUCCAUUAAUGGACGUGAAGCUCAAGAAAAACAGGUGAUCUACGAAGUCCUUAAAGAAGGGUCUGUUGAGAGUGAGACAUCCCUGAGACGAAAAGCAAAUCUAAUUCAUGAGCGGUACAGAGGGCUGAAGGAGGAGCACGAGGCAACAAACAGCCGCUUACAGCAUCAGCUCGAUCAGACCAAGAGAGAAUUGCAGCAUGCCCAAGAUCGAUUGGUAGAGCUGCGCUUGGAGAAGGAAGGGGCGGAGUCGCGCUUUCAUCAGCAGGAGGAUCAGCUGGCUCAGCUACAGGAGGAGCUGAGGAGAGUAUCGGAGAGUACACCUCAAACAGACUCACUGCAAAUGGACCUGGUGACGCUUCAGACUGAGCUGGCUGAGGUGGUGAUGCUGAGGCAGAAGCUGGAAGAGACACUGCACAUGAGAGAGAGGGAGCUCACUGCAUUGAAGGGGGCACUGAAGGACGAGGUGGCCGUCCACGACCGAGAGAUGGAGGCAGUUAGAGAACAGUACAGCCGAAAUAUGGAGGCACUUCAAAAAAGCAUGGAGCAUGUAUCGCAGUCACAGCAGGAGAUAGAGGAAGAGCGGCAGAAAGUGAAUGCCUCGAUUCUGGUUCUGGAAGAGGAGCUGGACAAUUAUAGGGAGCAGGGCGAGCACUGGAAGGAGCAGAUGACCUCAGUCAAACAGGAGCGCAGGCAGCACAGCACAUUUCAAAAACUGCUGCAGGCUCAGCAGGAGAAGAAGGAACUUGAGGAGAAACUGCUCAGUCUGAAGAAGCAGACAUGUGAAACCGACUCGCACUCUUUCACUCAGGUUCAGGAGCUGCAGCGCUGUCUCAACGAUCUAAAACAGGCACACUUAAAAAUCGAUGAGCAGAAAGCCGAGCUGGUGAAGAAGGGGGAGGAGCUCCGAGCUCUGAAAAGAACCAGUCAAAACAAAGAACAGGAGCUUGAGGCUGAGAUUGACAAACUGAAGGACCAGUCAAAGAUGGACAGAGAGGAGCUUUCCAAAGUGCUUGAGAAGAAGCAACAGUCUUUAGUAUCAUCUCAGGAUCCUACCAGUACAGACAGUACUCGGGACCUUCAGGAGGCCAACAAUCGCCUUAGAGAGAGAAUUUCCCGCAUGUCCCGACUGCACAACAGUCUGCCUGACAGUGGGGCUUCAGAUGCUCUGGAGGAGGAGAACCGGUAUCUGAAGACGCAGCUGGAGGAAGCUCGGCGUGCAGCGUCCCGCCUCAGCCACGAGAAAGAGGAACUCGGUCGCCAACUGGAGGAAAAAGAAGCAGAGAGAGAAACCCUGCGCCGUGGCAAAGCAGACCUCGAAGAGCAGAAGAGGCUGCUUGACCGAGCACUGGAGAAGAUGAACAAAGAUAUAGACCUGAUGAUGGGCGAUUCCCGGCAGUCUGUGCAGAAUCUGCAGUCUCAGCUGGAUGAGUUUAGAGAUCGCUCUCGUAAGGAGCUUCAGGAAUCUCAGAGGCUAAACAAGGACCGACUGGUUGAGCUGCAAAGAACUCAGAACAGCCUCAAAGCAGCACAGGAAGAGGUUUCACGUCUAAAGAAGGAACUGCUGGUGUGUUCUGAGGAGAGGGAUAGCGCUCAGCUGGAUAAGGAGCUUCUGAGCAGCCGUCUCAAGCACAAGGAGACUGAGCUGGACAGUGAGAGGACUUCACAGACAGACCGCAGCAGAGAGAUACGGCUUCUAGAGGAUAAAGUAAAGACUUUGGAGAUAGAAUUGGAUGAGGAAAAGACUGGAGCUGAGCUUCUGAACGAGCGCAUCACACGCACUCGAGAGCAGGUGGACCAACUCCGCUCUGAGCUGAUGCAAGAGCGCUCAGCCAGAAAUGACCUUGAGAUGGACAAGAGUUCACUGGAGAGACAGGUGAAAGAGCUGAAGUCUCGUUUAGCUGAUAUGGAAGGUCAGCCUCGAUCUACUGCAGGAGUCACAAUGCUGGAAAACAAAAUCCAGGAGCUGGAAGAUCGGUUACGCAGCGAGGAGAGAGAGAAGAGCAGCAUUCAGGCAGCCCAGAGGAGGACAGAGAGGAAAUUAAAGGAUGUCAGCGCCACACUGGACCAGGAGAGAAGCCAGCAUGCUGAACAGCGAGACCAGCUCUCUCUGCGUGUGAAGGCACUGAAAAGGCAGGUAGAUGACACCGAGGGAGAGGUGGAGAGAUUGGAGGGAGUGAGGAGGAAGAUUCUGAGGGACCUGGAGGAGCAGCAGGAGCUGAAGGAUGUGCUGCAAGCCAAAGUCAGUGCGCUGGAAAACGAGCUGAGGAGGAAAAUUCAGCAGACACGGCGUCCCAUGCUGGGAUCCACUCUGAGCUCAGAGGAAGAUGAUGGAUGCUUUGAUUCUAGCAGCAUCGCAUCCAUCCUGACAGAGUCACAGUUACAGACCACCACCUGCUGAAGAGAGAGUGAAGAGAGCAGACUGUAAAACAUGAGAAUGGUGUUUAUAUCUCUGUUUCCUCUGGAAAAAUAAUCAAAUAAAUAAACCAUAUCAGCUAAUGAAUGCCUUAAUUCUGAAAGGAAAACAUAAAAGUGCCUGAAAGUUCUAGUUUGACGAAGUUGUUAAGUGACGAGAAGGGGAAACUCUUUGGGUUUAAACCCUUAUAAAUCAUUCUUUUUUUAAAAUGAAAAGUUAAAGACUUCGUUUCAUCCAGAAAUCUGUACUGUCCUUUUUACUGUACAACUGCCUAUAUGUGUGCAUAUAUAACUUGAGAAGUUAUAUAAAGAUUCUUUCCAAUUCA